AUGACCAGGUACAGAGCACCGGGGCCCCCCAGCCUGGCAGUCUCAAGAACCAACCAACCCCCCUUGUCCACUGCGAGCUGGUCCAGGAUUGGUGCGCUGUACCUAUCUGCAGACUGCACCAGUAUCCGCGGUGCGCGUCCUGCCCGUGAUGCGCAUCGCAGGUACCUGCCGGGCGAGGUUCAAGCCGAGAGUUACCUCCAGCCUGGAACCUACCAGCUCGAAGAUGCAGUUGCAGAACAGUGCCAAUCCAAUCGCAGAAUCCCACCAUAUGUCUGUCUCUCUGCUUUCCCCUCCCCCUCUCUGAAGUGCAUCCCAGCAAGUUGUCUGCACUUGACACCCCUGUCAUCCUAG